UGGAACUAGGAUCUGAUGAGUUUUGUUCUCUUCUUUCCUAGCCGGGCCCCUCAGAUGAGGGCUGCUCCGAGACAUGCGCCUGCAGCUCAUCCUCCAGCAGCAGCAGCCGCACCAUCCGCAGUUGGCUCCCCUGCUGCUGCACCCAGGCAGCCAGGCCUGAUGGCCCAGAUGGCAACCACUGCAGCUGGUGUGGCCGUGGGCUCUGCAGUGGGUCACACCCUGGGUCACGCCAUCACUGGGGGCUUCGGUGGAGGAGGCAGUGCCGAGCCUGCAAGGCCUGACAUCACUUACCAGGAGCCCCAGGGAGCCCAGCUGCUGGAGCAGCAGUCUCGUGGGCCUUGCUCUCUUGAGAUCAAACAGUUUCUGGAGUGUGCUCAGGACCAGGGUGAAGUUCAACUGUGGGAGGGCUUCAAGGAGGUGUUGCGACAGUGCACAAUUGCAAAUGAGGGCCAUCCCCUAAGAAUGGAUCGUGUAGAGAAAAAGGUUAAGAAAAGAAGAUACAAUGAAGAUUUCUUACAGUAUGGUUUUACCUCAAAAAUUACAGCAGAAAUUGAGAAACCGCAGUGUGUCAUUUGUGGUGACGUUCUAUCAGCAGAAUCUAUGAAGCCAAACAAACUAAAGCGCCAUUUUGAUAGCAAGCACCUGAGCUUUGCGGGCAAGGAUAUCAGCUAUUUUAGAAGCAAAGCUGAUGAACUCAAGAAAGGCAGACUUGACACUGGCAUCAAGUCUCCCAAACAGAAUGUAGUGGCUGUUGAAGUUUCAUAUUUGGUGGCACUCAGAAUCGCCAGGACUAUGAAGCCUCACACCUUUGCUGAGGAUUUACUGUUGCCGGCAGCCAAAGACAGUGUGGGAGUUAUGAUCGGAGAUGAAUUUGUUACACAGUUGAGUGCAGUUUCCUUAUCUAACGACACUGUUCGCAGAAGAAUAGAUGACAUGUCUGCUGACAUUCUUGAUCAGGUAAUCCAGGAAAUUAAAUCUGCUCCACUUCCAAUAUUUAGUAUCCAGCUGGAUGAAUCCACAGACGUUGCGAACUGUUCUCAGUUACUGAUGUACGUGAGGUAUAUCAAUGGUGGCGACUUUAAAGAUGAGUUUCUCUUUUGCAAACCUCUUGACACAGCAACCACUGCACACGAUGUAUUUGAAAGAGUUGGUUCAUUUCUGAAGGAGCACAAGCUUUCUUGGGAAAUGGUUUGUGGUGUUUGCACAGAUGGCGCUCGGGCUAUGCUAGGAUGCCAGUCUGGAUUUCAGCAUUUGGUAUUGAACGAGUCCCCGAAAGUCAUCGGAACUCACUGUAUGAUUCAUCUGCAAACAUUAGCAAUGAAGACACUGCCACAAGACUUAAAAGAAGUCAUGCAGAGCGUCGUAAGCUCUGUCAAUUUCGUAAAGUUGAACACUUUAAGCAGUCAACUGUUUUCACAGCUGUGUGAUGAUUUGGACGCUCCGAACAAAGCUCUGCUCUUCCAUACUGAGGGGAGGUGGCUGUCCAGUGGAUCAGUUUUAAAACGUGUUUUUGAGCUUCGUGGUGAAUUCAAAAUGUUUUUUAGUCAGAAAGGAAGACCGCAGUUGGAGGCACUUUUCAGUGAUGAAAGUGAAUUGCAGAAAAUGGCUUAUUUGGUGGACAUCUUUGCCAUCUUACAUGAGUUAAAUUUAUCACUGCAAGAGCCAAAUGCGACAUGCCUCGAUUUGUCUGAAAAGAUCCAGUCAUUCCAAAUGAAACUUGAGCUUUGGCAAAAAAACUUGGGUGAAAAUAAAAUACACAUGUUGCCUACCUUAUCUGCUUUCUUUGAGGGACAUGACAUUAAACCCUCCAAAAGGAUUACAGUGAUAAUUUCUGUGAAAGAACACUUGCACAUGCUUACACAAGAAAUUUCAUGGUACUUUCCAAACCUACCUGACGUCCCAUUUGCCCUUGCCAGAAGCCCAUUCACAGUCCAUGUGGAAGAUGUCCCUGAGCCAGCGCAAGAGGAGUUCAUUGAGCUUGUUAACAGCGAUGCAGCGAGGACUGACUUCUCUACACUGCCAGUUACCCGAUUCUGGGUCAAGUGUUUGCAGUCAUACCCCGUUCUGUCUGAGUUUGUGCUGCGCCUCCUCCUUCCAUUUCCAACAACACAUCUUUGUGGAAAAGGCUUUUCCAGCUUGUUGGUUAUCAAGUCUAAAUACAGACGCAGGCUCGCUGUGGAAAAUGAUCUUCGUUGUGCUCUAGCAAAGACUACCCCGAGAAUUUCUGAUCUGGUGAGGAAGAAGCAGUCUCAACCUUCACACUGACAUUGGCUUUUUACAGAUACUGUGUGUGCAAAAUGUAGCAAGUUCUUGUGGGUUUUGUUUGGGUUUUGUUUUGCUUUUUGGAUUUUGUUGUUGUUAUUUGAGACAGGGUUUGACUAUGUAGCCCUAGCUGUCCUGAAACUUGCAUUGUAGACCAUGUUGGCCUCGACC